UAUUAUGCGUUUUUCCACAAGAACUUCCCUAACUAUCAACAAAUAUCUUGAGGAGUUUCCAGGUCUAGUGCAUUUCAUCUAUAUCGACAGAAAUACCCACAGACUUGUGGCGCCUACGCUUGACUUCACGAGCACGGAAACGCUCGCUCUCACAAUGAAAAAAAUUUGGAACAUGGUUGAGCAAAGUAGAAUGCAUUUACAAGAGGGUCAUCUGUCAGUUAUGUGGAAAGACACUACAUUCAAUUACUCUUACUUUUUAUGGUUUGAAGAUAAUUCUGUAUGUGCAGUUUUCUUAUAUUUUUAA